AUCAAAUAAGCAAUGGUGCGAACGAAAGUUUCUCGUGCAGCUACCAAGCGGGGUCAGAAUAGUUCCGAUUCGAAGCUGUACAUCGAAAUGAAGCUGCGAGAUUUCGACGUCAUAUCGGAUUGCCAUUUGACCAACAUUGAGCUAAAGUAUCAGAACGACAUGGAUAAGCUGAAUCGUGCAUUCGAAGUGCUACGCUCCCGUAUACCGAAAAAUCUACUCUCACUCACAAUGGGCGAACUGCGAGCCAUGCAAAAAGCAACACAAGAGCUUAACACAUCGGCCCCACUGAAUCAAACUGUAAGUGCCAACAUGAGCGCACUGCUGGAGAAAUCUUGUCGCAAAAAGUCUAAAGACGAUGGUUACCUUACAGAAGAAAGCGAACAGGGCGAUACGUACCGUCUCGGAUCGCUGAAGCCCACCUCCAAGGCACGUUUCGGUCCACUAAUGUCGGCCAAAAUUAGGCGUCGCAGUAAAUCAACAAGUUCCAUCACGACGCCGCAGGUGAACCGUUCACUGUUUAAUGUGCCGCAGAGUGCAGUGGUAGGAAGAGUGCAGCAGUUACCGGCCCUCGGUUCGGCACUGAAACCGGUCGCACCGCGCACGGAACGUGUUUCACGUUCGAAGCAAAAGAUGUCCCCAGCCACCAGCCGACCGAAAGCGAUGAGUGCUGACCGUGGGUAUGGGGUGAUUACACCGAAGGUACAACCGUACGCGGCACUCGCCAUGAUGCGGCAUGCAAAGCAGGGCGAGUCUGUGUUUUCCAUUACCGGGAGUCCGGUUGUUACUGCCAAUAUGCUAGAAUCAAGUGCCAACGUUAAUAUUCCCGUAUCGAAUGGCAUGCUGGCAAUCAGGCCAACGGAGCUGGAUGUUGUGGAUGAAUCGUUGCUCCGCAAGAUCGAUCCGAACGUGUUGGUUGAGCUGAAACAGUUGCAGCUUAAUCUGGACAAAAUUAUGGGCGCUCUCAAUCUUUCCUAA